GCGUCCGCGCGUGCGCACCCCCGCGCCCCGGUCCUUGAUCGGCCUCCUGCCGUCUCUUCUGCAAAUGGGCUCCGUGGCCUAGCGUCCCCGUCCCCGCCACCCGUGAUCGCGCGCCGAGGCCCGCGAGGGGUCGCCGCCGAGGUUUCCACCAGCCCACAAGCAGGAGCAUGGCAGCCAUCCCCUCCAGCGGCUCGCUCGUGGCCACCCACGACUACUACCGGCGCCGCCUGGGUUCCACUUCCAGUAACAGCUCCUGCGGAAGUGCCGAGUACCCUGGGGAAGCCAUCCCCCACCACCCUGGUCUCCCCAAGGCUGACCCGGGUCACUGGUGGGCGAGCUUCUUUUUUGGGAAGUCCACUGUCCCGUUCAUGGCCACAGUGUUGGAGUCCCCAGAGCACUCGGAAUCUCCCCAGGCCUCCAGCAGCGUGAUCACCUGUGACCUGGCCUGGGACACUGCAAGGAAGCAGCCUGGCAGCCAGCCUGGCAAAGCCAACGCUGGGCCUCCAUCCUGAGUGGCUGCCACCAGCCUUCCAGAGGCGCUAGGCUCUUCAGAGCCCCUCCCCACCCUGCCCGCCCCCUAGAUUAGGCAGGCUGCUGCAAAUAGAAACACUUGGGUUCUUUUAUAUCGAAACAGCAAAACAC